AUGUGCCCGGUUAAUGGCAUUGUCAAUGAACCAGUAAUAGUAACAGUCAAAGUUUGCGAUGAGGCUAAAGGAGUUGAAAAAGAUUUCAGAUGUGAGCUGGACGUUCUUAUGAUUGAGAUGCCGUACUUCAAAGAAUUUUUGAUUAAGGAUGGUCAGUUUAUCAGCGAAGUAGAAAUACUUGUUCACUGUGACCUAAAAAUAUUCGAGUGGCUACUACUUUAUGCUAGAAAACACAUUGAUCCUGAUGCGUAUAAAGAAUGCACUUUGUCAACUUCGAAUGUCCUUGCAUUAUUAGUUUCAUCGAACUUUCUUAAAAUGGAACAUCUGACUUCUGAAUGUUUAGAAUAUUUCUGCACACAUGCUGGAGAUAUUAUAGCAAGUCCUUUCUCUUUAGAUUGUUUGGGCGAUAGCUUAGUUGAGCGGUAG